AUGCAGCUCCUGAGGUCGGUGUCGACGCUCACGGCUCAGACUCCACGUCUGACAAGCGGCCCGAAGAAGUAUGGUGGUGUUUACACGGCUACGCUGAUUCCCGGUGAUGGUGUCGGAAAAGAGAUCACCGACUCAGUGAAGGAGAUUUUCGACAAGCUGAACGUGCCUGUGGAAUGGGAGCAGUACGACCUGUCUGGUGAGAUGCAGGGUAAUGAUUCGCUCUUCCAGCAGGCCAUGGACAGCCUGCGGCGCAACAAGGUGGGUCUGAAGGGCACACUCUUGACGCCUACAGGCGCUGGCUCGCACAACAGCUGGAACGUUGCAAUGCGUCAGCAGCUCGACAUUUACGCAUCGAUGGUGUUCUGCAAGUCCCUCGAAGGCUUCCCAACGCGCCACAAAAACGUUGACUUUACGAUCAUCCGUGAGAACACCGAGGGUGAGUACAGUGGCCUGGAACACAGUCCGUCACCAGGUAUUGUGGAAUCCCUCAAGGUGUCGACGCGCUUCAAGGCUGAGCGUAUUGUGCGCUUCGCUUUCGACUUUGCGUUGAAGAACGACCGUAAGCAGGUGACCUGUGUGCACAAGGCGAACAUCAUGAAGCUCGGUGAUGGUCUGUUCCUCAACACGUUCCGUCGCGUCGCGGAAGAGUACAAGAGUGCCGGCAUCAAGGCGAAUGACAUGAUCGUCGACAACACAUCGAUGCAGCUUGUUGGCCGCCCAGACCAGUUUGAUGUCAUGGUCAUGCCCAACCUGUACGGUAACAUUGUAUCGAACAUUGGCGCUGCCCUUGUUGGCGGUCCGGGCAUUGUGCCUGGCGCCAACAUUGGCCGUGAGUUUGCCCUGUACGAGCCUGGAUGCCGUCACGCUGCCAAGGACAUCAUGGGCACGAACAAGGCGAACCCGACGGCUAUGAUUCUCAGUGCUACGAUGAUGCUCCGUCACUUUGGUCUUGACUACCAGGCCAACCAGAUCGCCUCAAGCGUGUACCGUGUUAUUGCCGAGCGCAAGGUCCGUACUGCUGACAUGGGCGGCAACUCGACGACGCAGCAAUUCACACAGGCCGUUCUCGACAACCUCUAA